GGAACACUGGCAUCUCAACCCUCAAAUGAUACCGAAAUCCUUCUCUUUUUUAUUCUUUGUGAACUUUAACAAUGGUGAGUUUCUCAACAAAUAAUCAUCCAUCCAUCCAUCCGUCCAUUCAUCCAUCUCUCGACGUCAACAUUCCCAAGACCAGAAAUACCUUCUGUAAGGGUGCCAAGUGUAGAAAGCACACUCCCCACAAGGUCACUCAAUACAAGGCUGGUAAGGCCUCUCUCUUCGCUCAAGGUAAGAGACGUUACGACCGUAAGCAAUCCGGUUAUGGUGGUCAAACCAAGCCCGUUUUCCACAAGAAGGCUAAGACUACCAAGAAGAUUGUUCUUCGUCUUGAAUGUACCGUUUGCAAGUACAAGAUGCAAUUGGCUAUUAAGAGAUGCAAGCACUUUGAAUUGGGUGGUGAUAAGAAGACUAAGGGUGCUGCUCUUGUUUUCUAAAU